AACAUAAACCUGUUUAGUUCAGUGACGUUUCGCCUAUGUUUUUGUGUCGUGCGUGCCAGCAGUUGCCGAGAAGUUAAUACAAUUUGCGUGAAUUUGUGCAUUGGAAAGAAUAAAAAAACCGCUGUUUACAGCGGCUGCAACAAUAACAAGUGAAUGUGUUGUUUUUUUACGCCGUAUGCGUUUGCAUAUUGCGUUUGUGCAACUUGAAACUUAACAAGAAGAGACAAAACUGCAGUUGGAGUCGAAUGAAAUGAGCUAGUCCUCAACUGUGGCUGAUAAUAUCGCAUCUAAACAGGGAAAAUGGACAACCGGUGACAGUAAAUACAGAUUUGUGGUCGCAAAGUUUUUAACUAUGCAUCGACCGAUUAACAAAACAUUUAUCAAGACAGUGUGUGUCGCAAAAUAGUGUCUCGGAAAUGGGUGACAGGUUGAAACAUCCAUUUAAGGUGAAACCAAAGACAGUUUUUGUGACGAACGCAGUGAAUUCAGGAUGAUGGAUGUCUUAUCUGAUUUAUCCCCCUUGAGUCCGGGGCUGAUCGACGAGCUGGAGGCGUUCAUGGCGCCGACGGGCGAGGGCUGCGGGUUCCCGCCGCCGCCCGACUCACGGCGCAUCGGAAGCCACCAGCUCCCAGAAAGCCCUCCCGACUCAGGGUCAGAGAACCCCUACUCGCCCGAGCUGACGACACAGGCGCUAGCCCCAGAGUACCUGCUGGUGCACGAUCCCCUGCCCGCCCACGAGCUGAUGCAGGGCGGCGGGUUCAUGUACGAGGAGCGGCUGGGCGACGUCAACGUGUUGCCGCAGGACCCAAAUCUAGCAGACCUAGGCCUACGCCCGGUGCGCCACGACCUCGGCCUCACGGACAUCACCUACACCCGGUACAAUCAGCUGGGAGAGCUGGAGCAAGGGAUUAUGAACCCUCAGCUGGUGACAAUAGGGCACGAGCCGCUCACCCCAGUGUACACGAACUUGCAAGAGCCGAGUGUGAAGAAGAGGAAACACUCGCAAGAUGUGAACUCGCAAGUCAAGUGUGAACCAGCAGUCCUCUCGCCAGACAGCCUGUCCCCCCCCUGCGCCCCCCGCGCGGCCCCGCCCUCAGUGGACGGGUCGGAGGCAGGAGACGAGGCGCCGUUCCAGUGCAUACGCUUCGCAACGUUCCAGCAGGGCUGCUGGCACGCGCUUUAUGACCAGAACUUGAAGCCUUUACAAGCCCCAUCCUACGUAGUGGGUGCCGACAAAGGGUUCAACUUCUCCCAGAUAGACGAGGCCUUCGUCUGCCAGAAGAAGAACCACUUCCAGGUGACCUGUCAGCUGCAGAUGGCUGGGGACGCGCAUUAUGUGAAGACCGCUGAGGGGUUCAAGAAGAUUAGCAGCUUCUUCUUGCAUUUUUAUGGGGUUAAGGCUGAGGAUCCAUCACAAGAAGUGAGAGUAGAACAAAGUCAAUCGGACCGAACAAAGAAGCCCUUCCACCCAGUACCUGUGGAGCUCCGUCGCGAAGGCACAAAAGUGACCGUGGGCCGUUUACACUUCGCCGAGACGACCAACAACAACAUGCGCAAGAAGGGGCGCCCCAACCCGGACCAGAGGCACUUCCAGCUGGUGGUGGCUCUCCGGGCGCACUGCCAGCACCAGGAGUUCAUGAUCGCCGCGUCGGCUAGUGAUAGGAUUAUUGUCAGGGCAUCGAACCCGGGUCAGUUCGAGUCAGACUGCACGGAGAACUGGUGGCAGCGCGGCGCGUCCGACAACAGCGUGCACUUCCACGGCCGCGUCGGCAUCAACACUGACCGCCCCGACGAGUCCUGUGUCAUCAAUGGAAACCUGAAAGUAAUGGGACAUAUCGUGCACCCGUCGGAUGCCCGAGCCAAGCACAACAUUGAAGAGUUGGACACGGCGCAGCAACUCAAGAAUGUACAGAGCAUACGCGUUGUCAAAUUCAACUACGACCCCUCAUUCGCGGAGCACUCCGGUCUCCUCGGCUUCGACCCGACCAGCCCCACGCCCUCGCAGGACACCGGUGUCAUCGCACAGGAGGUGCGCCGCGUCAUUCCCGAGGCCGUGAAGGAGGCUGGUGACGUCACGCUGCCUAAUGGGGACACUAUACCGAAGUUCCUUGUUGUUAAUAAGGAUCGUAUCUUCAUGGAGAACAUUGGUGCCGUCAAAGAACUGUGCAAGAUGACCGGCAACCUGGAGUCCAGGAUCGACCAGCUCGAGAGGAUCAACAAGAAACUGUGCAGAAUUACUACACUGCAGCGGCGAGACAGCGCGCGCUCUAGUAUUAGUAAUGACUCAAGAUUCUCCGGCCUAUCCAACACAUCCAAAUCACUGUACAGUGACGGAAACAUCUCCAUAGAACAAAUACGUGACAUCGCGCGCAACAUCCGGCGACACGAGUGUUGCCACAAACUCAGCCAUAACUCCCCUAAAUACACCCGGAAACAGUGCAAGAGUUGCCAUCAAAGUAGCACUUACACGAAAUUCGGGAAACACUACAACUCUAACAAGACAAGCAAUUGCGUCAGAUACAACAAGCAUGAAAGCAAGACAACGGAUCAUGUUUGCUCGUUGGAUUAUCCUAAUGCACCUGUCUAUGUUGAUAGUCUUGACUCCAAGACGGUAAAGAGUUGUGCAGCGACUGAGGAUAACCACUACAGUACAAUCACAAAGAAGAAGGACAAUUGUCUAUGGGUCCGCAGUUCGGAGAGUGAUAAUUUCUGCGGUAGUUCGCUACCGUUCUGCUGCAGACGGAAAGACAGGACGUAUGGAGACUCCGAGUUGAUCUCGAAUAAAUUUCUGCAGAUCGUUAUAACGAUUCUCAUCUUUAUCAUGGCCGUAUGUCUAGUGGUGAUGUCGGCACUCUACUUCAGAGAGCACCAGGAGCUCAUAUCCAUGAAGGAGAUCCGGAUGCACGACAAGUUCAGUCAGUACGCGAGCUACGGGAAGUUUCCGAAUGUACACACGACGCCGCCGCACCGGGCCACGGCCAGCCCGGAUGUGCACCAGAACCAGAUACAGUAUUCAAAACAUUCACAACAUGCAACAGCAAAGAAAGUAGCAAAAGAAAAAGGCACGCACAAAACGACAGCUGAAUACGUAACCACGCCAUCUGUUGUGUCUGAGCCGUACUCUCUACCCACACUCUCCACUAUACCCGUCACUGCACUGCACGCCUCAAAGAACUACGUCAAACAAGUGCUACAUAUCGACCAGCCAUCCUCCCACAUGCCUCGCGCCGAUCGUCCAGUGACAAUGACUCGAGGAGCGGACGUCGUUGGCAGUGGCUGCGCGCUAGAAAACGCUCUAAAUGCUGAGUUGGAUGCUGAUUGUCAGUCAUCGUGCAGCCUGGACCCGCCUCAAGCUUAUGACAACCAAGAACCUUUAGAACGAAACAAUCCGGACAAGGACUUGAACGAAACCACUAACUUCGCUCGUCCUCUGGAACCAGUUCCCAAUGACAAUCAUGUCGUUAUACCACAACCAGUUAUCCCCGAGAAAAACAUCUCAGAGACACUAAAAAGUGAUAACGACGCUCUCAAAAUCCAGCUACAUGACCCUGGAUAUAUUAAUAUAGCCGAAUCAAAUUUACUUGAUAAUAACAGCAACAAGAUUAUAAACGUAACAGAAAAUGACACGUCUAGUAGGAUGAAAAGAGAUGCGCUAAAGAAACUAGACAUGAAUAAAUCAAAGAUUAGACAAAAUACGAGUCCCAAAGUUUUGAAGAAAAUAUUCAACAGAAAUAGGAGGGAAACAAAUGAUGAGUAUUCCAGAAUAAGUUCUGAGGCAGAUGAAAUGACGCUAAACGGUGAUGUGAAUCAGUCAGAUGAAACUGGUGGUAUGCAAGACUGCGACACCGUGACCUUCGGCGUGAAAGGCAAAACCUUCAGCAACGACACUAUGUUUGAGGAGACGGUGUGUGCCAACGCCUUCUACAACAUUAGCUACGUCGUUCCCGUGUCCAAGUGCUUGAAAGAGAAACACAUCAACAUGAAUUUCAAAUCAACAAAACUGAAGCAGCUGAGCCUCUGCGACCUGCAGUGCAAGUACGACACGGCGAAGAGCUGCCUGCUGAACCGGGAGUUCGCGAAGCCGGACUACGACCAGGGCUGGGCGUCGCAGAUGACGCUGGACUGCAACAUGGACCGGGAAGUGAAGCUGAGGGGAUCCAUGGUGCAGCAGCAGAAGGACCUAUGUUUCCUGACGCCGGAGCAGAAGAUACCAUUCGUAGAAUACAACAUCCGUAUUUAUAGGGAUUGUCACAAUUAGUAUUUAGUUUCCUAGAAAACUUCUUCUUACGUAAUAAGUCUACCUAUACUUUGUUAAAUACAGCAUGAGUCUUAUGACGUUUGCUUGACAGAUGGUGUAUUAGUCUAUGACAGAUGCUUAUGCCUGGUAAAGAAAGUUAAUUUCCCUUGAAAACUAA